AUGGCGCUUAGAUACAUAUCCAUAGUAAAAGGAAAUGGCGCCCUCCCUCCAGAGGAUCGACUGCUGAGGUUCCUGGUCGACAACAACACGGAGGCUGAGGAGACGGUGCAGUGUGCAAACUGUGACAGGGAGAAUAACAAGAAGGAUGCCGGGUUGAUGUAUUUCUGUAACACCUGUAGCCAGCCUCUGUGCAGCGCCUGCAGGGAUCUGACCCACAAAGCCAGAAUGUUUGCCCACCAUGAAAUCGUGUCUUUGGCUCAACGCACCAAAGCCAAACACAGGAACUGCUUUCUCCACGACGAGCCACACAUCCUCUUCUCCAAAGAGAAGAAGUCCAUGCUGUGCAUCAAAUGCUUCAGAGACACUCAAGUGGAGAGCCGGACUCACUGCAUCGACAUUGAGACCGCGUACGUGCAGGGCUGUGAGAUGUUGGACCAGGCCGUUCUGGUGGUUAAGGAGCUGCAGACUUCAGCUCGAGAGGCGAUCCUUCUGCUGAGAGCGAUGAUUGGAGAAGUGUGUCUGAAUGUGGAGGAAGAGGAGAGCGCAAUCUGUAGUCUGUUCAACAGCUUGCAGGAGAGACUAGCAGAGAGGAAGAAGAUCCUCCUCAAAGCAGCUCAGAGUCAACAUGAGGAGAAGGAGAGAGCACUGAAGGAGCAGCUCUCACACCUCACUGCCCUCCUGCCAACCCUGCAGGUCCACCUCGUCACCUGUUCAGCCUUUCUGAGCUCGGCCAACAAGUUUGAGUUUCUGGACAUGGGAUACCAACUCAUGGAGCGGCUGAAGAGGAUUGUAAAGCUCCCUCAUCAACUGAGACCGGUGCAGAGCAGCAAAAUCAACACAGACUACAGGAGUGAAUUUGCUCGCUGUCUGGAGCCUUUACUGCUGCUGGGUCAGCGCUGCCCUAUAUCUGUUUCUGGAUCUACAGGUGCUGCAACAAGGCACCAGUCCCCCCUGUCCAUCUCCUGCCGCUCUCCCUCUCUCUGUGAGAUGCCCCUGGGCUCGGUGCUCGGGCGAAGGCCCACCUGUCACAGAAACAUCUGCACCAAAGUCCUCCUGGCUGAGGGGAGGGAGACGCCUUUCACCGAGCACUGCCGCAGCUAUGAGAACACCUACAGGACUUUCCAGACAGAGAUUCAGAAUCUGAAGGACCAGGUCCAGGAGCUGCACCGAGACCUGACUAAGCACCACUCCAUCAUCAACACAGAUAAAAUGGGAGAGAUCCUGGACAGGUCGCUGCACAUUGACAGCCAGCUAUCUGCACAGUACUCCACAGUGGAAACUAUGAGGGUCAUGUUUGAGGAGGUCUGGGAUGAGACUUUUCAGAGGGUCACUAACGAGCAGGAGAUCUAUGAAGCCCAGCUUCACGACCUGAUGCAGCUGAAGCAGGAGAACACUUACCUGACCACCAUCACCAAACAGAUCAGUCCCUACAUCCUAUCCAUCGCCAAAGUCAAAGAGAGACUCGAGCCCAGGCUUCAGGAGCACAAGGAGCCCCAUGAUGACCGCACAGAGACGAUGCUGAAAAUCUACGAGGACGGCAAAGACAGUCAAGACAGUGAUAACCAGACGUGUGUCACGGAGCAGGACAGAACAACCGCCUGAUGAUGCUCGAGCCGGGGGAGAGCUCUGUCAAGACGAGCCGCCCGUGCAGGCUGAGGGUCUCUACAGAGACCGCCAGCCACAACGAGAUGCCUUCAUAAACACUUCAUUUCUGUCCCCCUCACCCCUCCUGUGCUGCAGUGUGACUCGAUUUAAUAACAAGUCCAGUGGGGGAUGUUUGCUCCUCUGCUGAAAGAUACUAUAUCAUUCUCUCAGCAGUGUGGAGCUGUCUCCAUGGAUGGACACUAACUGGACGUAUAAACAUGAAGAUCAAAAGCUCACUGCUGUCAGAGCUGGACAUGUGGAGGCUCCUCGCCUUAAGAUAAACAUCAUAGAGACUCUACUCUGUUGUUAUUCGGAAGACCUGGACUGCUUUCAUGAGAAAAAAGGAGAGUAUGAUAUCUAAUUUCCUGGAUUUCAGUCUGAUGCUGUGUCUCUUUUGCAGCUUUUAAAUGAUAGAAGUAAGCAGAGAGUGUGAAUCAUUGCUUUCUCUUCUCCAGCUUGUGUGUAAGUGCUUUCUCCCAGCUCCAUUCAUUGCAUAAAACCUCUCUUUUUUUUGGAGUUGAUGGAUGAUCGCACAGCACGAUCCCCCUGAAGACUGUUGAACCGGUGUGACAGCACAGAUGGGACACAGCAAACGUAAUGAUGUGUGUGCCAGUGUAGGUCACAUGUUGAUGUAUCAGUCUUCUGAAACGAUGACGUCUUUUCAAGGAUGGUGUCUGUAUUUGGAUUUCUCCCUGCCUCGCAGUUCACAUCCGCAUUCAAAAUGUGGAAAGUGUUGAAUUACAGAGGUGUGUGAAAGUAACUGGCCUUGGCUUAACCUCGAUCUCCUGGUACUUUCUCUGACUCCUCACUCUUCCUCAACACCUCAGACGAACAGGGCAAUAUGUGUUACAGAAGAAAAUACAACAUGAAUUCAAACAUGGAUUCCUUCUUCCAUCUUCAUGAGUUAAAUUAAAAGAUCUGAGACUUUUGUAUGAAGAUUUUCUUCCUUACAUUUCAUCCAAUAAACUGGCUGAAACUCGUGUAAUUCAGCACAAUUUAAAGCAAGUGUGCAGAUUUUAUACGCCAAUGCAAUCUUUUUACUGUGUACCACACACCUUUCUUUGUAGCAGGGUUUAUAAUGCAGCCUGUGAUUUUGAAUAAUAUACUUUUCAAGCAGGAUGAUGAAGAAGCUGGAAGCAGAGGUUACUGGCAGGUUUGGUUGUGACAACAUUUGGGUUGAUCCUCCAAUUCUCAGAAAUUAGAUAAACUCUGUAUUAUAUGGCAACAGUGGGGAGGAAAAACUACCUCUGAACAGCCAAAUCUUCAAGCAGAAGACUGUGAAUGACCACACCCCGAAUUAUGCAAAUUGACAUAGAACUACAAGCCUUUGUUGUACUUUCAUGUGCUGUAUGAAAAAAAAAAAAAUCA